AGCAACUUACUUACCCACACACCUUUUAGAGUCAUAUUGCAUUUGGGAUUUUAGAUCUGAAUAUCUGUUAUAUGAUUUAUGAAUGAAUGAAUGAAUAUAAUAAUAAUAAUAAUAAAAAAUGGGAUUGUAUUGUUCACCCUUUUGGAACAUUUUACAUUGUUUGUUUUCUGUUUCAAAUCCAAUACCCUCCUUCCACUUUCACUCUUUCUAGCAACAGUUUUUCUUGAUUUGUGGUUCUCAACUGCAUCACCUUGGCGCUUUGUGGAACUCGAGUCAUAAAGUCAAGUGAUUCCUGCAUGAACUUUGAAUUAUGGCGAGAAUGGCAAGAGGAAGAGCAGAUGGGAACCCAAGAAAGCGUUUGAUCACAACCGUGUUGAUUUUAUUAAUUGUUGGUGGUUUAGUUUACCUAUAUUCUCGGAAUAGUGGUUCAUCUUCUAUUGUGUACACUAGCAAAUCUUUAGAAACAGGAAGAGGAGAUGACAGCGUUGUACCGAAAACCAUUCCCGUCUGCGAUGAUCGACUCUCGGAGCUAAUUCCCUGUCUAGAUAGAAAUUUAAUAUACCAAACAAGAUUGAAGCUUGAUCUGACUUUGAUGGAACAUUAUGAGCGACACUGCCCGCUGCCUGAGAGGCGUUAUAAUUGCUUGAUCCCUCCUCCUCCAGGAUAUAAGAUUCCAAUCAAGUGGCCGAAAAGCAGAGAUCAGGUAUGGAGAGCAAAUAUACCUCAUACGCAUCUUGCAACCGAGAAAUCUGACCAGAACUGGAUGGUAGUAAAAGGUGAAAAGAUAGUUUUUCCCGGUGGAGGAACUCACUUCCAUCGCGGUGCUGAUAAAUAUAUUGCGUCGAUUGCCAAUAUGCUCAACUUUCCGAACAAUAAUAUAAACAAUGGAGGAAAACUCCGCAAUGUUUUUGACGUUGGUUGUGGUGUUGCAAGCUUUGGAGGAUAUCUUCUUUCUUCCGAUGUAAUAGCAAUGUCAUUAGCGCCGAACGACGUUCACGAAAAUCAAAUCCAGUUUGCUUUAGAGAGAGGAAUUCCAGCAUAUCUCGGUGUCCUAGGGACGCUAAGACUCCCUUACCCUAGUAGGUCUUUUGAACUUGCUCAUUGUUCGCGCUGUAGAAUUGAUUGGCUUCAAAGAGAUGGUAUACUUCUUCUUGAACUGGAUAGGAUACUCAGGCCAGGAGGCUACUUUGUUUACUCGUCACCCGAAGCUUAUGCUCAGGAUGACGAGGAUAGGAGAAUAUGGAGAGAAAUGAGUGCUCUUGUUGAGCGGAUGUGUUGGAAAAUAGCUUCUAAGAAGAACCAGACUGUCAUAUGGGUCAAGCCUCUCACAAACGAUUGUUACUUAAAAAGAGAGCCCGAUACACAGCCUCCACUCUGCAGUUCUGAUGAUGAUCCUGAUGCUGUUUGGGGAGUUAAAAUGAAAGCUUGCAUCACACGUUACUCCGAUCAGGUUCAUAAAGCAAGAGGAAGUGAUUUGUCUCCUUGGCCAGCUCGAUUGACUGCUCCACCUCCUCGUCUUGCCGACUUUAACUAUUCUAGUGAAAUGUUUGAAAAGGACAUGGAUGUUUGGCAACAACAAGUUAGUCAUUACUGGAAACUGCUAAACAGUAAAAUAAAGCCCGACACGAUUCGGAACGUGAUGGACAUGAAUGCAAAUUUGGGUUCUUUUGCAGCUUCUUUGAAAGAUAGAGAUGUUUGGGUUAUGAAUGUUGUGCCUGAAAAUGGGCCAAACACACUCAAGAUCAUAUAUGACAGAGGGCUGUUGGGAACAGUUCAUAACUGGUGUGAAGCAUUUUCAACUUACCCUCGUACGUAUGAUCUACUCCAUGCAUGGACUAUAUUUUCCAAUAUCAUUGAGAAAGAAUGCAGUGUAGAGGAUUUAUUGAUUGAGAUGGAUAGAAUACUGAGACCAAAAGGUUUCAUAAUAAUCCGUGAUAAGCGAUCAAUAGUGUUAUCUAUAAAGAAGUUCUUGCCAGCAUUGCAUUGGGAUGCAGUGACGAAAUCUAAUGCAGAACAAGAAUCAGAUCAAGGUGAGGAUGAUGCAGUGUUAAUAAUUCAGAAGAAGAUGUGGUUGACAAGCGAGAGCGUCCGGGUUUCAGAAAAAUGACAUACUUCCACUCUGAACACAGUUUUAACCAUUCCACUUGAUGUUUAAAACCUGCAACUGAGUGAUAAACGAGCGCAUCAUCGCAGAAAUUUGCUUUCAUAUGUUGUAGGUGUACCCUUUUAUGUUGUUCCACUUCUCUACACUACAGGCAUGAGUUACAACGAAAGCUCAUCCUUAAUCAUCUUGUUGAACUUAUAUGAUUUUGAACACAACUUGUCACCCUGUUAUUGUGAUUAGAAAAAUUAGAUGAAGAUGAAGCAGCAAUAUACUGUUUUUGAAAUUGAUGCGAAGAAGUUACUGGAUAUAAAUAGAAGCUUCAAUUGUUUCUGUGAA